AUGUCGUCGCGAAAAGCAACUCCGCGGAUCAAGUUUGCCAUAUAUCCGCCGGACACGUCUCCUUCCGCCAAAAGCUCAUUACGCAAGAGGGGCCAAACGGACAACACGAUCAACACGGCCGGCACCGUCCUCAACUUGGCCGCGGAUCUAUCCGAGGCAUCGGAUAUACUCUCUCCUCUCAAAGCAGCCUGUAAAGCCACUAAAACGAUCCUCGAUGCCAUCCAGGCUGUCAAAGACAAUCAAGAGGAAUGGAGUGACCUAACGGAGCGUCUUGAAGAAUACAUGCUUGGCAUAGAGAGGCAAAUCGACUCAUUCGAAAAAUAUCCUGCAGAAGACAGGGUCGUAGAUGAAGCAUUCAGGCAACCACUUAUUCACUACGUUGAACUGCUCGAAGAUAUAUAUAGCACCGUCACCAAUUCAAGGGAGAAGCGUACUCGCAGCACACUCAGCUUCUUCAAGGCGUUCACUAAAGUGAAAAUGGAUGCAGAAAUACUUCGUAAAUUCAACCGUGACAUUGAGGAUGGCAAUAGGCAACUAUUGGAGCAAUUGGGUCUUUUCACCGCCUAUCGGAUUCAAGUCAUCGAAAAAAAUACCCAAGCUACAAAAGCCGACCUGGAGGUCACCAAAGCCAACGUAGAGCUUACCAAGGUCAAUAUGGAAUCGACCAAAGCUGAUGUCCAGGUCACCAAAGUCAAAGUAGAGACGAUCCUCUCAGAUGUUGAUGCAAAUGCUAUACUCCAGCUGCCAAUGGUCACAUUUGCUGCAUCUUCAGUUCAUAAUACCUGUCUCCAAGGGACUAGACAAGCCGUUCUCCAGGAAAUCGACAGUUGGGCAAAACAUGCAGAGUCCCAGUGGCCAAUAUUUUGGCUGUGUGACAUCGCUGGCUCCGGUAAAUCCACAGUCGCAAUGUCCGUGGCUAAAGCAUGGGCCACGGAGGGGACACUGGGAGGCCAAUUCUUCUUUUCGUUGUCCAGCAGCGAAGGUUCAACUACCGAGAAGUUUUGCUCGACAAUCGCCAGAGAACUUGCUCAGCGAAUGCCCGAGCUAGCGCAGCACAUUGCUGAGUCUGUGAAGCGAAAUCCGGCACUUUUGAGGGACUCUUUGCACGAUCAGCUUCGAAUGCUGGUCCAUGGUCCACUCCAAUAUCGACAGGGGCGCGUUUUCCUUGUCAUUGACGCCAUCGACGAAUGUAAAUCCGGAACGCAGCGAAAGGAGCUACUCGAUAGCCUUGCUAAAAUUGCUCAAGAGACCGAUAAUCUCAGAAUAUUCAUCACCAGUCGACCAGAUCCCGUCAUCGAAGCCGUUUUGCGGCCACUCUCGAUCAAAAUGGAGUUGAAAGACCGACUGCACGAUGUCAGCCAUCACGAUAACAUUGAUGACAUUGCGACAUACGUGCAUCAAUCGCUGAAUGGAGUGCUAUCGCAGGACAAGAGAGAGCGACUUGUCGAAAAGGCUCGAGGCCUCUUCAUUUGGGCGAGCACUGCAUGCCGAAUGCUCAUGGAUGAAACGUCGUUGGACACCCCUGACACCGUAUAUAAUCGCCUUAUCUCAGUGAAUCAAGCUGGAGAUAUAGACGAAGUAUAUCUCCUCAUCUUCGAGCGCAUAAACCCAAAAUUUCGCCCAUCUAUGUGGCACAUGCUCGCUCUGUUACUGGCAGCGUUUGAGCCCCUCACAAUUAGCGACUUGGAGGAUUUGUUCAAACACGCUGGAAUCCAAGGCAGUGUCAAGACAUUGGUGCAAAACCUUGGAAGCGUGCUCACGGAGGACGAUGCGGUUCGAUUUCGUCACCCUACCAUCGUCGAAUACCUUCGACGCUGUUCGACCGCUGCACUCACCAAUGAUCACGGUAGCCUCAUCAUCAACAUGGCAAAGGCACACGGCCAAGCCGCAUCAUGGUGUCUCAAAUGCUUAAAGUCGCCGAAUGGAGGUCUCAAAUUCAAUAUAUGCCAACUCGAGUCGUCCUUCUACCUUAAUCGACAGAUUCUGGACCUCAGCACCCGAGUUUCGAAGUUUAUUACUAAAAGACUUCGAUAUGCCAGCUCGCAUUGGCUAUUCCAUGUAGCGAAAACCGACGACGACUGGCGACGUACGUUGAACAACGAAAUUCAGCGCAUUCUUCAGAUGCCAUACGUAUUAUAUUGGAUGGAGGUGCUCAGCUUGACUGGAGGAGUGCCACGGGCAAUUUCCGGUCUUCGAGCUGUUAUACGCGAUGCAAAGCCUGAAGAAGAUAUUCGAAACAGCUUGACAGAAAUUCGAAGGUUGAUAAUGGCAUUCUCCAUGCCAAUUCAGGAUAGCGCUCCACAUAUUUACAUUUCGGUACUCCCUUUCACACCCAAAAAGUCAAAUAUUCAGCUUGAGAGGUUGAAGGAGUACCCGAACACCUUAAUUGUGGCUCAAGGGCUCGAAGAGACUUCUCCUGGGCUUCCCAGAGCUCUGGGAGCCCACAACGGAUCUAUCUACUCGGUUUCAUUCUCCCCAGACAGCUCGCGAAUUGUCUGUGGGUCGACAGACAAAACAAUUCGAAUAUGGGAUGCAGACACUGGUCAGCUGUUGGGAGAACCCCUUCGAGGUCACGAAAACUCAGUCUUUGCCGUUGCAUUUUCGCCAGAUGGUUCACGCAUCGUCUCUGGUUCGAUGGAUCAUACAAUUCGACUAUGGGAUGCCGACAGUGGUGAGCCGUUGGGAGAGCCACUCCGAGGUCAUGGGAGCUCUGUCUGGGCCGUCUCAUUUUCGCCAGAUGGUCUACGGAUUGUCUCAGGGUCGAAGGAUAAUACAAUUAGACUCUGGGAUGCGGAUACCGGUGCACCAUUGGGAGGGCCACUCGUCGGCCACUCUGGCUGGGUCAAGGCCGUCAUAUUCUCGCCGGACGGCUCACAAAUCGCUUCUAGCUCGGAUGACUGUACUAUAAGAAUGUGGGACGCAAAGACCGGACAGCCGUUGGGAGAGCCUCUUGUCGGUCAUGAAGACUCGGUCAACGCCAUUUCAUUCUCGCCAGACGGCUCACGAGUCGUCUCUGGCCUGGAAGACGGUACAAUGCAAAUUUGGGACACAGAGACUGGACGGCCAUUGGGAGAGUCACUCCGAGGUCACGGCGCCCGUAUCACGGCUGUCGCAUUCUCGCCAGACGGCUCAAGAAUCGUCUCUAGCUCAUGGGACAAGACAAUCCGACUAUGGGAUGCAGACUCGGGUGAACAGUUGGGAAAUCCACUCCGAGCUGACAACGGACCAGUCAACGCCUUUGCACUCUCGCCAGAUGGGUCACUCAUUGUGUCUGCAUCAGGUGAUACUCGCGCAACUUACCCUAGCAUGGUGCAUGAACUUCAACUAUGGGAUGCAAAGACUCUCCAGCCGUUAGGAGAUCCACUCCUUGAUCCACUCCUUGAUCCUCAUGUCUCAAUUCUCACUGUUACAUUCUCGCCAGACGGCUCAAGAAUUCUCUCUUGCUCGGGUGACGGGAGGAUGAGACUCUGGGAUGCCGGUAGUGGUCAGCUGUUGGGAGAACCACUCGGCGACUCAGUCUGGGCCGCCGCAUUCUCACCAGAUGGACUAAGAAUCGUCUCUGGAUCGGGGGAUAGUACAAUUCAACUAUGGGACGCGGAUGCCGGAGCCCCGCUGGGUAGGCCCCUUGUCGGUCACGACAGCCCCGUCUGCGCCCUUGCAUUCUCGCCAGAUGGCUUAAGAAUCGCCUCUGGCUUGGAAGACGGUACAGUGCAACUGUGGGACACAGAGACUGGACAGCCAUUGGAAGACCUACUCUAUGGCCACAAUAGCAUAGUUAGGAGCGUCGAAUUCUCGCCAGAUGGCUCAAGAAUUAUCUCUCUCUCAGAUGAAGAUACAAUUCUAAUGUGGGAUGCAGAGACUGGACAGCAGUUGGGAGAGCCACUUGACGAUUACGAUAGCUCAGCCAACGCCAUUUCAUUCUCGCCAGACGGCUCACGAAUUGCCUCUGGAUCGAACGACUUUACUAUACGAAUGUGGGACGCAGAGACCGGAAAGCCGUUGGGAGAGUCCCUCCGAGGUCAUAGCCACCGGAUUACGGCUGUCGCAUUCUCGCCAGACGGCUCAAGAAUCGUCUCUAGCUCAUGGGACAGAACAAUCCGACUAUGGGAUGCAGAAACUGGUGAAAUGUUGGGAGAGCCACUUGUGGGUCAUGUAAGCAUUGUCGAGAGCGUCAGAUUCUCUCCAGAUGGCUUACGAAUCGUCUCUGGGUCCCGGGAUGGGACGAUUCGCCUGUGGACUGCGCACAACGCCGCACUCGCGACGAAGGUUAACCAGGACGACACCGAGCAUUCGAGUCUCACGGAAGAUGUAGAGGGUACUCCGUUAGAAAUAUCUGUACCUGGAUUCAAGCAAUGCUCGCUUUCACACAAUGGUUGGGUCAAAUCGUCCGCAAAAUAUCUCUUCUGGGUACCACCAAACAAUCGCAAUGGACUGAUAUAUCGACACCUUCUGACUCUACCAUUAACGAGCCCAUACCGCGCAACCAGACUUGACUUUACUCGCUUCCAGUGUGGAGACUCUUGGACCAAUGUUCGAAGCACCCGCUAA